AUGACAAGCACAAACAUCGAUUUUGGGGAUUAUCUGGCACUCACCGCGUGUGCCUUCGAGUGGGUCGACAGCUAUGACAGAAAGGAUUGGGACAAGCUGCGAACAUGCGUUGCCCCGACGUUGAGAGUCGACUUUCGCUCCCUGUUCGGCAAACUCUGGGAGACGAUGCCAGCCGACGACUUCGUUGCGAUGAUCUCGUCUCCCCAGGUGAUCGGUGAUCGUCAAUUGCAGACGCAGCAUUUCAUCGGGGCCAGCAAGUGGACAAGAACGAGCGACACUGAGGUGACCGGUGUCCACCAGCUACGUGUCCCUCAUCAGCGUUACACCGAUGAGACGCACACCGCGGUCGCUGUCAAGGGUCACGCGCAUGGCAUUUCCACCAACUGGUACAAGAAAAUCGACGGGGAGUGGAAGCUUGCUGGGGUCUGCCCCGAGGUUCGUUGGACGGAAUACGACUUCGACAAGUUGUUUGCGCGUGGAGAAGGUGGUGCUUAG